CCAACUACAUCUCCCGACUGCAAAAAUAUUUCUCUUAAUUUAUUUGUUGACUUUUUCGCGUUACUUGCUCUUUGGCAGGCGAGGUGAGUAAAUACUUGGACGGCUUCCUGAGAUUCACCUACUACCGCCAACAUCGCUGGAUCGAAACAACGUCUCUGUCUUUAUCAUCUUCAUCAUCCACAGCCAUAAUAUUUAUCGUCAACGCUGAUAGUGUACUACCAUGAUUUGGAGAUCGGGAUUGCCACUAAAUACUUGUGAGUAGCGGAAUCCCUGAAUCAGUCUUUCGUAGAUUUUGGUGUGACUGUUAACCGAGUUCAAGCGAAAACAGCAUCAAAGCUAUUUUAUCAUGGAGUAUAUCCCAACGAAAUUGUUGUUUCAUCCAUCUCCAUGUACAGAGGUUUAUAUAAGAUGAUUUACUCGUUAUUGGGCAGGUAGACAUACAUAUUAAGUGUAACAGUAAGCUGCGGAAAAAGCUCAUUCAAGCAUGGAUCGUGAGAAUAUGGAUCAAGAAAAUAAUGUGAACCGCAUUGAUGAUGUGGAUGACAUUGAAAAUGAGGGCCUGCUGGAUGGGAAGGGGAUUGACAGAUACUGGUCAGAGGUAUCUGACAAAAAUAUGACAUACACAGAGCCACUUUUGGUGAAAAGGACCAACACCACCUCUCAGAUUGCCAUUGUUGGUGCCAAUGUUUGCCCCAUUGAGAGCCUUGACUACGAGAUUAUUGAAAAUGAAUUAUUUAAGCAAGACUGGAGGUCAAGGAAGAAGGUUCAAAUAUUUCAGUACGUUUUACUCAAGUGGGCAUUUGCACUUCUUAUAGGCCUAGGUACUGGACUAGUUGGCUUCUUCAAUAAUAUUGCAGUUGAGAACAUAUCUGGUUUCAAGUUGCUGCUGACUAGCGAUCUCAUGUCUAAGCACAAAUAUUUCAAGGCUUUCGCAGCAUAUGCUGGUUGCAAUGUAGUUCUAGCUGUUGCUGCGGCAGCUCUUUGUGCUUUCAUUGCUCCAGCAGCAGCAGGGUCUGGUAUUCCUGAGGUCAAAGCCUAUCUCAAUGGCAUUGAUGCUUAUUCAAUACUAGCUCCAAGCACUCUUUUUGUAAAGAUUUUUGGCUCCAUUCUUGGCGUUUCUGCUGGCUUCGUAGUUGGUAAAGAAGGGCCUAUGGUACACACAGGUGCUUGCAUUGCCAAUUUACUUGGGCAAGGGGGUUCUCGCAAGUACCAUUUGACUUGGAGUUGGCUAAGAUACUUCAAAAAUGAUCGGGACAGGCGAGACAUGAUUACUUGUGGUGCAGCUGCCGGAGUGGCUGCUGCCUUUCGUGCUCCAGUUGGUGGUGUCCUGUUUGCUCUAGAAGAGGCAGCUUCAUGGUGGCGGAGCGCUCUUCUUUGGAGGACUUUUUUCACGACAGCAGUAGUUGCCAUAGUUCUGAGAGCUUUCAUACAAUACUGUAACACUGGAAAAUGUGGGCUAUUUGGUGAAGGAGGUCUUAUAAUGUAUGAUGUCAGUUCUGCCAAGGCAACAUAUAGUGGCUCAGAUAUAUUAGCAGUAAUUUUCCUAGGAACUAUUGGAGGCAUUCUUGGAAGCAUAUAUAACUAUUUUGUGGACAAGGUCCUUCGUACUUAUAGCAUCAUCAACGAAAGAGGUGCUGCUUACAAGAUCUUACUGGUUAUCAUCAUCUCCUCCUUGACAUCAUGUUGUUCUUUUGGCUUGCCAUGGUUUGCAAAGUGCAUCGCUUGCCCCACUGACCUAACAGUGAGCUGUCCCACUGUUGGUGACUCUGGAAACUAUAAAAGCUUCCAGUGCUCAUCUGGAUACUACAAUGACCUUGCCUCCCUCUUUCUAAACACUAAUGAUGAUGCUAUCCGCAACCUAUUCAGCACUAGUACCACAAAAGAAUUUCAUAUCUCCAGUCUUUUCAUCUUCUUUGGUGCUGUAUACUGCCUGGGAAUUAUCACUUAUGGCAUUGCUAUUCCCUCGGGUCUCUUUAUCCCUGUCAUACUAGCCGGAGCUUGCUACGGACGUCUUGUUGGGAGAUUGUUUGAAUCAAUGUCUACACUUGACACGGGUCUCUUUGCCCUUCUUGGAGCUGCCUCCUUUCUUGGUGGCACUAUGAGAAUGACUGUUUCCCUGUGUAUUAUAUUGCUUGAGCUCACCAAUGACUUACAAUUGCUUCCUCUUGUGAUGUUGGUUCUCCUAAUCUCUAAAACAGUGGCUGAUAACUUCAACAAGGGUGUAUAUGAUCAAAUACUGAAAAUAAAGGGGCUGCCUUACAUGGAGGCCCAUGCAGAACCGUACAUGAGGCAUUUGGUUGCACGUGAUGUUAUUACUGGCCCAUUGGUCACCUUUUAUGGCAUUGAAAAGGUAGGAAAUAUAUUGCAUGCUUUGAAAACAACAGGGCAUAAUGGGUUUCCUGUUAUCGAUGAACCACCUUUCUCGGGGGCACCUGAAUUGUGUGGAAUUGUUUUGAGGUCUCAUUUGCUAGUUUUGCUGAAAGGAAAGAAUUUUUCGAGGGAUAGGGUGAUUACUGGAGAUGAUAUCCUGCAAAGAUUUGCUGCAUUUGAUUUUGCCAAGGCGGGGUCCGGGAAGGGAAUCAAACUAGAGGAUAUAGAUAUUGAAGAGGAAGAGAUGGAGAUGUAUGUUGAUCUUCAUCCUAUUACCAAUUCAUCCCCAUACACAGUGGUUGAGACAAUGUCACUAGCCAAAGCUGCAAUUCUCUUUCGGCAACUUGGUCUCAGGCACAUGUGUGUAGUCCCGAAGAGCCAAGGGAGGCCUCCAAUUGUUGGAAUUCUGACUCGGCAUGACUUCAUGCCAGAGCACGUUUUGGGACUCAAUCCUCAUGUGAUGCCUGAUAAGUAGAUCAGCUGAAUGUUGAUUAAGGGGUCACCUCUUAUAUUAUAGUGUUCCGUUCUAUGGUUGUGGGUGAUCAAGUUGGUGUUUGGACUCAUGGAAUUGAGAAUUUUACUUUUAAACAGUAAUUGAAAGCAAACAUGCUGAGUCAUACAGAUAUCGCAGGCAAAUUUGAGUCUUCUUCCAAUCAACGAGAACAAUGUAUAUGACCACAUUAUAGAGACCAUUCUAUAUGCUAUUUGUGGAUAAAUACACUUAGAGCAGCACGAGAAACAGAUCGGUCGUAAGUGGAGCCCUUUGUAAUACAAGAAAUGAUCUAAUUCACAUGCAACGACCAGACAUCCAAAAAUCUUGGAGUUACUUGCGCCUUAACUGUUUUAAGAGAUUGUCGAAUCAGUGUUCCUGUGCUGAUACUCUAAUAUAUUUCCUUUUGUUAAGUAGAUUGUUCGUUGGUAUCUGCAUUCCUCCAAAUAAUCGCUUUCCUGUCCUGCGAGAGUAAAAAUUCACGAUUUGUCCGGCUGAUUUUUUUGUUGUUUUUGCAAAGACCCAAACCAAGUUUUUUGUUGUUUUUGCCCAUUUGCUUCGUUGUAACGUAUGACUUUCUUCAGAGGGGUAAUGACUACUACUGUUCCCCGAUAUAUAUGAAUCAUACGUGUCGACCUUGGAUGUUCAGUGGCUAA